ACUAGUUUCUACAACACCAUAUUAUGGUACCAGCAGUCAAUAGCUGAUACUAGUCUCAAACUGAUUGGAUAUGUGUAUUAUAAAAGUCAGACAGUUGAAGGUUCAUUUAAAGAGCACUUUGAAAUCCUUGGAGAUGGAAUGAAAGAAGCAUCUCUUCAGCUUCUGUGCUGACCUGAAGACAGUGCAGUGUGUUACUGUUCUGACCUGAAGACAGUGCAGUGUGUUACUGUUCUGACCUGAAGACAGUGCAGUGUAUUACUGUUCUGACCUGAAGUCAACCCAGUGAUGUAGAUACCCUUCUCUCUUCUACAAAAACCCCUUCUGAUCCGUUACUCCAAAACUGCAGUGUACAUCAACACCCAGCAGACCUGCUAUCCACCGCUGUAGAUGUCUGAGCACAUGGAGGAAGAUGCUAUCAAACCUCUAUACCAAAUAAUGUGGUUGAUGUUGUUGCUUUGAAGAAACGGUUUGGGUAUUUCUUCAAAUUACAGCCUAUUUGGUAGUGUGAUUACUGCAGAAUCCAAAACACAGAUCAAAUCUAAAGACUAAAAAAGACAAAUACUUUCAAUGAUGUAGUUACCGGUUUGUUCCGCAAUACACCUUUAAGUUGAACAGGAGACCUGUAAGUGAACAAGGUAUCUGAUUGAAUAUCAACAUAAGUUCUGACGUCAAAGUGAUGUCAUUUCCUUCCCCUCCGGCAGCUCAGUUCAGCUCACCGUCUCUAUUGACUUAUUUCCUCUCACCCCUAUGGACUCUGGUCUAAAGUAGUGCACUAUAAAUGGAAUAGGGUGCCAUUUGGGAUGCAGUAUACAUUUGACACUCCCACUAGCUGACAACACAUCUCUGACUAUCUGAAAACCCUUUCUCCUUGUCCAUGUGACACUUCUCUCCAGAACCAUCAACAUGAUCACGCUCCUCAUACAAGUAGCAACUCUACUACUAUGGGUGACAGGUACUAAGUCCCUCAUGAAAGAUAUAUUUACUACUGAAGUAUAUUGCUACUGUAUAUUUCAUAUUGUCUGUUUUCAUCCACAGGGCUGUCACAAACAGACAAAGUUCACCAGACUCCUACUGAAAUACUAAAAAGACCUGAAGAUAAAGUUCAGUUCAGCUGCAGCCACAAUGAUCCAAACUACUACAUGAUACUGUGGUACAAACAGUCAGCCCAAAACACUGCUCUGAAACUCAUUGGGUAUGUGAGAUACACCAGUCCAAUGGUGGAAGAUUCCUUUAAAGAGCGUUUUAAUGUGAGUGGAGAUGGUGCAGCUAACAAAAUGGCGUAUCUACAUAUUCCCAAACUGAGAGAAGCUGAAGACAGUGCAGUGUAUUUCUGUGCUGCUAGUGAUGCACAGUGUUUCACUAUACCCUCUCUCCUCUACAAAAACCCUCUC